UGAGGGAGAUACACACACACACACAGAAACAAACACGCACGCAGCUUGAGUAUUUGCGUGUGUUGAGUGUGUUGCGUGUGUUGCGUGCAGGAUUGGGCAGUCAUGGGGGCGUAUUUGUCCAAGCCAGUCAUUGAGAAACAUAGUAGUGAUGAUAAGAGACAUGGUGUGUGUUAUGGCGCUUCCUCCAUGCAGGGCUGGCGUGUGUCCCAAGAGGACGCUCACAACGCCAUAUUGGACUUUGACACAGACACACACCUCUUCGCUGUGUACGACGGGCAUGGAGGUCACGAGGUCAGCGCAUACACUGCCUUGGAGUUGCCGGAGGUCAUCAAGAACACUGACACUUACAAGGAAGGCCAGAUUUCGAAGGCACUCACCGAUUCCUUCCUGCAGUUUGACGCCACACUGGUGCAGCAGGAGGUGGUCGUGCUCACCCAGAUAGCCAGCAGCAAGGAGGAGGCUGUCGAAUCAGAUGACAGCGAGGAAGAUGUGGAUGACCUGUACCGCGAGGCCACCAUGCCGCUUGCUGAGGUCAUUGCCAAGUAUGCAGACAACCCUCAGGUCAACAGAUGCAAGGACAAAAAGCUGGCGGCCUCCCUUCCUGAAAGCUAA